CAAACGUUUGUUUGACAAACACCAUUAAACCUCAGAGGAAGAAGAUUAGUUUCACCGCGCUCUCUGUUGUUUUGUCGUGAUGAUGGUUUAAUACAAACUGUUAGAAUGUUGUUUCUGUUAAAGCGAAAUACAGUUUUUGAAUCAGGUCAUUAAAUACUGUAAUAUUCUCAUCCUCACAGUCGUGACUAAGUUUUAAAGCAAGCAGGAAUAUCUGGAGGAGUAUCAUCUGAACUGAGAUCUGCUGCUGUGAAGAUGGAGUUUGUUAAAGAAGAGAGUGAAGAGAACACGAGUGAACCAGAAACCUGGAGAAUAAAACACGAGGAACCAGAAACCUGGAGAAUAAAACACGAAGAAACAGAAACCCACAAAAUAAAACACGAGGAAACAGAAACCCACAAAAUAAAACACGAAGAACCAGAAACCUUGAGAAUAAAACACGAAGAACCAGAAACAUGGAGAAUAAAACACGAAGAACCAGAAACAUGCAGAAUAAAACACGAGGAACCAGAAACCUGCAGAAUAAAACACGAGGAACCAGAAACCAACAGAAUAAAACACGAGGAACCAGAAACCAACAGAAUAAAACACGAGGAACCAGAAACCAACAGAAUAAAACACGAGGAACCAGAAACCAACAGAAUAAAACACGAGGAACCAGAAACCCGGAGAAUAAAACACGAGAGCCCAGAAACCCGCAGAAUAAAACAGGAGGAACCAGAAACCCGCAGAAUAAAACACGUGAGCCCAGAAACCCGCAGAAUAAAACACGAGGAACCAGAAACCCGCAGAAUAAAACACGAGAGCCCAGAAACCCGCAGAAUAAAACACGAGGAACAAAGAGGCCUGAUGAAACUGAAAGAAGAAAGACAAGAUCUGAAUGAGGUGGAGGAGAAAUAUCAGGAUCAGAAAGAUCAUGAUGUCAAUGAAGAAAAAUCUGUGAGUUGCAGCAUUCAACAAACAGAAGUCAAAAGGCCUUUCAGCUGCUCACAGUGUGGAAAGAGUUUCACAUGUAACAAAACUCUUAAGAGGCAUAUGUUAAUUCAUACUGGAAUAAAGCCUUUCAGCUGCUCUCAGUGUGGAAAGAGUUUCAUAUGUAACAGCAGUCUUAAGAGGCACAUGUUAAUUCAUACUGGAAUAAAGUCUUUCAGCUGCUCUCAGUGUGGAAAGAGUUUCAUAUGUAACAGAAAUCUUAAGAAUCACAUGUUAGUUCAUACUGGAAUAAAGCCUUUCAGCUGCUCUCAGUGUGGAAACACUUUCACAUGUAACAGAAAUCUUAAGAAUCACAUGUUAGUUCAUACUGGAAUGAAGCCUUUCAGCUGCUCUCAGUGUGGAAAGAGUUUCACAUGUAACAGAAAUCUUAAGAAUCACAUGUUAAUUCAUGUUGGGAUAAAGUCUUUCAUCUGCUCUCAGUGUGGAAAGAGUUUUACACAGAAAGGACAACUUAAGGCUCAUUUGGUAACUCACACUUCAGAAAAGCGUUUCAGAUGCUCUCAGUGUGGAAACACUUUCAGACGUAAAGGAUACCUUAAGACUCACAUGUUAAUUCAUGCUGAGAUAAAGCCUUUCAACUGCUCUGAGUGUGAAAAGAGUUUUACAUGUGAAGUAAGCCUAGAGAAGCACAUGUUAAUUCAUGCUGCAGUAAAGCCUUUCAGCUGCUCUCAGUGUGAAAAGAGUUUUAUAUAUAAAUCAAGCCUUAAGACUCACAUGUUAAUUCAUGCUGGGAAAAAGUCUUUCUCCUGCUCUCAGUGUGGAAAGAGUUUUACACAUAAAGCAAACCUUAAGACUCACAUGUUAAUUCAUGCUGAGAUAAAGCCUUUCAGCUGUGCUCAAUGUGGAAAGACUUUUACACAGAAAAGACAGUUUGAGAAUCAUUUGGCAACUCACUCUUCAGAAAAGCCUUUCUCCUGCUCUCAGUGUGGAAAGAGUUUUAAACAGCAAUCAAGCCUUAAGACGCACAUGUUAAUUCAUACUGAGAAAAAGCCUUUCUCCUGCUCUCAGUGUGGAAAGACUUUUAGAUAUAGAUCACACUAUAAUGAUCACAUGUUAAUGCAUGCUGGGAAAAAGCCUUUCUCCUGCCCUCAAUGUGGAAAGAGUUUUACAUAUAAAUCAAGCCUUAAGAAUCACUUGUUAAUUCAUACUGGGAUAAAGUCUUUCUCCUGCUCUCAGUGUGGAAAGUGUUUGAGAUAUAAAUCAAGCCUUAAGAAGCACAUGUUAAUUCAUGCUGGGAAAAAGUCUUUCACCUGUUCUCAGUGUGGAAAGACUUUUACACAGAAAGGAGACCUUGAGACUCAUUUGGUAACUCACACUUCAUAAAAGCCUUUCAUCUGCCCUCAAUGUGGAAAGUCUUUGGCACGUAAAGGAUACAUUGAGACUAGGGAUGUCAACUUUCGAUCGUUGUUUAAAUUAACAAUCAAUUAAUCGAUUAAUCGUUAACCUUAAUGUUGUAAAAUAAGUAUAUUGCUGCCACGCAGUCACCGGCAUGACAGGAUGUGCAAAAGCUACACACACACACACAAAAACG